ACCUAUCUGCUUUACGGUACCGGUGAUAGCAGUCGGCAUGAACGCUGAUAGAUGGUUAUAAUAUUUGACUGUUGUGAAGAUUUAAUAUUGUAUUAGCUAUUGUUGAACCGAUUUCUAGUUUUAUUAACGCGUGUCUUCUGUAUAAAUGUACAGUUUCACCGAUCAAGGGCAGGAAUGGUUUUAUUGAGAAACGAUUAUAUGUAAAGUACGAUCUGAUGUAAUUACUUAUUUAUGUCGUAUUAAUAACGGGUUUUUACACUCAGCUCGACAGUGUUGCGUGUUGUUUAGUUCGUUUCGUGCAUUUUAAUUUUCAGUUCGGAUAACUGCAAGUUGCUGAAAAGCUCAAACACGACAGUUCUAUCCGGAAAGAGAGAGAUACACUUUUUUGUAAUAAACUUGCUUUUUGUGCUCGAGUUCUACAACAUGUGCUCGAUUUAAAUACAACAUCUCUUAUUGUCUAAGUUUGGAGAGGCGCAUAUUUGUAAGGCUGAUGCCAUUGAAAUUUUAAGGUUUUUUUUUUUUUUCUCCUUAUUAAGAUUUAUUUUUGCUCGUCCCUCAACGAAUAAUAGUGAAUUCAAGAUGACUGUAAUUAAGUUAACCACUCAGGCAUAUUGUAAAAUGUUAUUGCACGCUGCGAAGUAUCCCCACCUCGCGGUGAAUGGUCUGUUGGUGGCCGAAAAUCAGAAGCGAAAAGACGGCCAGCCUGUUUUGUGUGUGGACUGUGUGCCUCUGUUCCAUGGUACCCUAGCGCUGGCACCAAUGAUGGAAAUUGCUUUGACUCUGAUUGACACCUGGUGUAAGGAAAAUAAGUACGUGAUAGCUGGGUAUUACCAGGCCAAUGAACGAAUCAAGGAAACGAGACCCAAUCAAUUUGCAGAAAAAGUAGCAGCAAGGAUUGCAGAAAACUUCAGUCAGGCAGCAUUGAUUAUGGUGGACAACAGUAAGAUUUCCAUGAAUUGUUAUGACCCUGCAAUUUCUGUCUUCGAGCAUCAUGACAACAAAUGGAAAUGCAGAGACGCUAGCAUUGACUGCUGUGAGGACUGGUCUGAAGCCCAGAAUAUCAUGUCUGCACUUCUGGAAGGCAGGUCUUACGACAACCUGAUCGACUUUGAUAAUCACCUGGAUGACCUGCGGAAUGACUGGACAAACCCUGAGAUCAACAAAUCCAUCCUGCACUUGUGUUGAGCACUUCUUCAGUAGACUAGCUGUUGUGAUUUCUGCCAAAACGGGACUCAAUAUUUUUCCAGUGAACUUUUUUCUUCAUAAAAGAAUACAGUGUGAAGUUGUACGUUGACAGUGAAUUUACCAGAUACCUUUGCAAACCAUGUGAGUGAUUCUACGUAAAGUUUCUAUAAUCAGUUAAUUACGUAUCUAAAAAUUGGGCAUUUUUAGAAAUGCUUUCAAGCAUUCAGCCUACAAUUAGUAAUGUCACUGAUUUGUUGCUGGCCAGGGAUUCGUAAUGUAUUUUCACUUUACUACAUACAUUAAACUAUAAGCUAAGAGUGUUAUAACCACUGAUGUACUUCUAAAGCAAUCCUUGUUUAAGCCAUUAUCUUUAAAUCCAACAUACUCUUUUCGGAUGUAAAAGCCAGCAAACUAAAAAUCAAAUAGGUGCUUUUUAUACCAUGUAUAUUUUCAGAGUAUUAUUUCUUACUUGUUUAAUAUGUCUUUGUGUGUUACAUAUCAUUAUCUCCUUGUGUCUGCUUUGAACAUUAUUUACCAUGCUUACUACCUAUUAAUGUAAGGAGGGUUAAAGAAUUACUAAUUGCAUGCAGCUGGAAUUUCUUCCUUUUCUGCAACUGGUUUUUGGAUAGAUUUUCUAUUUACUAACAGUGCAGAGGGGACAGACUUUACAGUCGCACACCCCAAAAAUCGUUUUUUCUUUAUUCAGCUUUCAGAAAUGUUUGAAAAGGGAGUUUUUUGGCCUGAAUAGUUUGUAAGCGUGGAAAACAAUGAUCACAGCUGAGAUCAUAGAUUAUAAUGGAGGUCACUUAAAUCAAAUAUUAUGAAAAUGUAGAUGGUAUGAAAAAUCCUAUACUUUCGCAGGGUUCAUUCAUUUCUUUUGUUUUUUGUCUUGUAGUUUGUAAUGAAAUUACAUUCAUAUUCAUAUUAGGUGUAGUCACUUUAACUGGGAGAAUGCCAGUGGAAUUCUGGAGCACUACUUCUUGAAUUGUAAUUAGAUGUUAAAUCAUACUGCAGUCCAUACACAUGACAUGCAUUCUAGUGAAGACUGUGUUAAUGAAUGAGUGAAAAGUUCCCAUUAGGAAUAAAUAAGUUUUCUUUUAUGUCCUGUGUUUAAUAAAAUCCUUUUUUCUUGACAUUA